GGACAACUAACUGAUGCCCACACAAGAGCAGACCACUGAAGGUUCUUUGGUCGUUUCUGGAAAUCUGAUUUCUGUCCGCUAGUGCCCUCUCUCUACUUCAUCAGUCCAGUCGCCUUGAUCCUUCUUCCAGUCCAUGAUAAGAGCUCUACGUAUCUGGUCCGUUCCGCCUGCUCCAAAGGCUUGCAGACGGUCAGGCACAGUGGAACUGAGGGUGCGAGCCCAGAGGCGUCCCAGAAGACUGUGCGCGCGCGCACCAGCCUGGCCCGCCUCUCUGACCGUUGACCCGGAAAUGCUUAAGGCAGCCUCUCGGAUUCCCGGAGCACACCAUGGUAUUCCUCACGACGCGGCUCUGGCUUCGGAACCGCAUCACAGACCGCUUUUGGCGGGUUCAGGAGGUGCUGAAACAUGCUCGGCAUUUCAAGGGAAGGAAGAAUCGCUGCUAUCGGCUGGCCGUCAGGGCGGUGACCAGAGCCUUCGUUAAGUGUACGCAGGCCCGCAGACUGAAGAAGCGGAACCUGAGGACCCUCUGGAUUAAUCGAAUUACAGCAGCCUCCCAGGAACAUGGCUUACAGUACCCAGCAUUCAUUGCCAACUUAAUUAAGUGCCAGGUGGAGCUCAACAGGAAGGUACUUGUGGACCUGGCCAUCUAUGAACCAAAGACUUUUAAAUCUUUGGCAGCUUUGGCUAAGAGGAGGCAGCAAGAAGGAUUUGCUGCAGCUUUGGGGGAUGGAAAGGAGCCUGAGGGCAUCUUUUCCAGAGUGGUGCAGUACCACUGAAGGCUUCAGUGCUGUGGAGAUUGUUAUAAACAAGAUAGGAGCAGAAGGAUUGUCUGGUCACCAGUAAGUCUGAUUUGUAUUUAUUUAUAUUUUAGCAACAGGCCUGAGAGAAAAGGUUUUUACUCAAUGGUACAGCCCCAAAUUUGCCCUGUAAAGAUUGUACAAAUAAAGCCUUGAAGUGUUCA